AUGGCUGUACAAGAUCGUAAGAGCAACCGAACCCGCCAGAUCUUGCUCGACGCGGAGAAGGGCGGCUACGGAGUGCUGGCCGCGAUUGUAUACAACAUUGAGCAUAUAACGGCCUUUUUACAAGCCGCUGAAAAACGUCGGUCACCAUUGAUCAUCCAACUAUUUCCGUCAUCACUCAAACAAACCCCCUCCCUCGUCUUUGCAGCGGCGGCGGCCGCCAAAAGUGCGACCGUCCCGAUCUCGAUCCAUCUCGACCACGCCCAAGAUUAUGAACAAAUCAAAUAUGUGGCGGAUAACCUACCCUUCGAUUCGAUCAUGGUUGACAUGAGCCACUACGAGAAGGAGGAGAACUUGCAGAGGACCCGGGUGUUGCGCGAUUAUUGCCAUGCCCGGGGCAUCUCCGUGGAAGCAGAGACCGGACGCAUUGAAGGGGGCGAGGACGGCAUUAUGGACACAGGAGAUCUGGAAGGCAUUCUGACCAACCCGGAAGAUGUGGAAGAAUUCAUCACCGCUGGUGUGGACUUCUUGGCCCCGGGUGUAGGCAACGUCCACGGAGACUACGGCCCUGAUGGCCCCAAUCUCGAUAUUCAUCGACUCCAGCGUAUCUUCAAAGCGAUGAAUGGACGUGCCCGUCUUGUCUUGCAUGGAACAAAUGACUUCUCCCCCGAAUUGACGCAAACUUGUAUCAAGGCAGGUGUGACUAAAGUCAAUGUAAACAAGCUCGUUCUCGAUCCAUGGCACGACAACCUGCAGGCAAAUUCCACCCGCCCGUUGACCGAAUUGAUGGACACCGGUAUUCAGGUGUUGACCCGGGAGAUGGAGCGCUGGAUGGAUAUCGUGGGAAGCAGCGGGAGGUCAUAA